CAGCCUCCAGCAUGGAAGUAGCCACAGAAAACACACAUGGAGAUACCUCGGGUCCACAAGAAGACAGAUGCCCAGAUAAUGAUUUUGGAACUUCAAAACUCGGAACGAGACAAUAUUGGGAAGAUGCAUACCAAAGAGAACUUGAGACAUUCAAAGACAUUGGGGACGUUGGUGAGAUUUGGUUUGGCGAGGGAAGCAUGAGCCGCGUUCUGCGAUGGAUGGAGAGAGCCAACAUCCCAGAAAAUGCUGCCAUUCUUGACAUUGGCACUGGAAAUGGAGCCUUUUUAGUUGAACUGGCGAAAAGCGGAUACAGGAAUCUGAUGGGGAUAGAUUAUUCUCCAGCAUCUGUAGAAUUGGCCAAAAAUAUCCUGCAGGCGGAGGACUUGACAGAUGUGACUGUAAAGGAGGUGGAUUUCUUAAACUCACAAGGGGAACUAAAGGGUUUUGAUGUCUGCAUCGACAAAGGAACUUUUGAUGCAGUAAGCCUAAACCCAGAUAACACCAACCAGGUCAAAAAACUCUAUGUAGAAGCUCUUCAAGAUGCUCUUAAGGACCAAGGACACUUCGCUAUUACUUCCUGUAACUGGACAAAAGAGCAGCUGCUAGAUCGAUUCAAUGAUGGAUUUGAAUUUGUACAGGAGUUGCCCACACCCAGCUUCCAGUUUGGAGGCAAGAAGGGCAACAGUGUGACAGCACUCAUCUUCAAGCGAGUACAUUGAUUGUCAAUGCACCAGCAUGGGAGGAAAUUUAUCUUGUUAUGUCCCAUUAACUCAGCAGCCUUCUGUUCAACACAGGAAAUCAUAGAGCCUGUACCAAUUCAUAACAACAUUAUCAUACAGGAACUUGAUUAUUUAAAAAAUGCGGUGUAACGAAGCAGACGUAUGGUGCCAUAAAGUGGGACCGUUCUUUUUAAAUAAAUGAAUCUGUUUUUGUAUUGUUCCUGUUGUGUUAUCUUUACAAUGAUCUAAGGUGGUAAAGGCUCCUGAUGAUCUU